AUGAUCUCAAAAAUGUCGAAGAGCAAAGAGUCGAUGGAGAUAGACAAUUUUAAGUCAACAGCGGACUUGACCAGUAAUCCCGGCUUCCAAUCCUCGCUUAGCAUAGCAUCGAAAAAUGUUGAUGAAAAACCGUAUAAUCCAUUCGAGCAUCGGACGGUGGAACAUCCCAAUUCUACAAUCGGGUCGAUAGUGCAUUUAUUGAAAUGUUGCCUCGGAUCCGGAAUAUUGGCGAUGCCUGCCGCCUUCAAGAAUUCAGGUCUCAUAGCUGGAACGAUUGGAACUUUGAUCGCUGGCUUCGUCUGUACCCACACAGUUCAUAUUCUGGUAAGGACCUCUCAAGAAGUUUGUGUAGACGCGAAGAAGCCAUCGCUUAGUUUCGCCGAAACCUGUGGAGCUGCAUUUACAUAUGGACCAAAAAGAUUACAAAGAUGGGGCAAUUUUAUAAAAGAACUGGUGGACUACUCGAUGUGUAUCACAUAUUUCAGCGUGUUGUGCGUCUACGUGGUCUUUAUUGGAUCUUCAAUGAAAGAAAUCCUAGACGUCUACAUGCCAGACAACCCGCUGUCAAUACAAGCAGCCUGUGCACUCACUCUAGUGCCAUUAGUAUUAAUCUGCCAAAUAAGAAAUCUGAAGUACCUGGUGCCAUUUUCUGCCCUUGCCAACCUUCUGAUUUUGGUUGUGUUCGUGAUCACCAUUUACUACGUUUUCUUGGACCUGCCAUCUCCUAAAGAGAGGGAAAUGGUUGCCAGUAUUACCCAGUGGCCUUUGUUCUUAAGCACCGUCAUAUUCGCAAUGGAAGGUAUUGGUGUGGUGAUGCCAGUUGAGAACGAGAUGGCGAAACCUCAACAGUUCCUCGGCUGUCCUGGAGUACUGAACGUGGCUAUGGUCAUCGUCAUCUCUCUAUACGGCUUCGUUGGAUUCUUUGGCUACCUUCAGUAUGGAGACAAUGUCAAGGGUUCUAUAACCUUGAACCUUCCUGAAGAUGACAUUACCGCCCAAGUAGCAAAAGGACUGAUGGCCUUCGUGAUCUUCCUGUCUUUUGGGCUGCAGUUCUACGUACCCAUGGAAAUGAUCACCAGGAAGAGGAAAGGAAAGGAGUCGAAGUAUGAGAACUUGGUCCAGGUCGUCAUCAGAACUGUGAUGGUUACGAUUUCAGUUGCCAUCGCCGCAGCAUUCCCCAACUUGGAACUAGUCAUCAGCUUCGUCGGAGCAGUCUUCUUCUCAACCCUUGGUCUUCUCAUCCCAGCAGUAGUGGACACAGUCUACCGAUGGGAGAAUCGUCUAGGUCGUUUCAAUUAUAUUCUUUGGAAGAACACACUUAUAGGAAUAAUUUCCAUUAUAGCGCUUUUCUCUGGUGCUUAUGUUUCCGUCCAGGGAAUGAUUGAAGAUUUCGGAGGUCAUAGCAUUGAGAACCAUGAAUUAUUUGAAAAUUCAACCUUGACGUGAAUACGUGAAUUGUAAUGGAUGGAUGAUACCACCCAAUCUUGUAGAAUGUACGUAGUCAUACAGUUUUGCCUGAUUGUGUAGUACAUAGAAGUACAAUGGAUGGUGCAUUCCAAACGUAUGUACAUAUAUACAAAUAUUUUAAUGUUUUAUAUAAGUAAUAGAGAAUGGUUGUGAUUCCCUACAAGUCAAUUUACCACGCGUAUUUUUAAAUUAAUUUAAAUACCCGUAACUUAUUGUAAGUAAAAUUUAAUAUAAUUUUGACUAAUGUGUACCUAUAAAAUUUCAAUUUCAAAGAGAUUGGAGAUCAUAAACUUAGCCUUUAUAACCACAAAUUGGCUUAAGAUUCACAUUAAUGAUAAUUAUGUCUAGAACCUUAUAUUCUAGGAAUGAAUUAAUUUUGUUGAAUAUCUAAGGUGCCUAAUUGCUUAGGUUACAUAAUUACUUUUGAAAAUGGUCAUAAAUAAAUUCCGUUUAUUUUCAC